AUGGCGAGGCAACUCCCAAUACGUAUAACGCACCGCAGCAGCCCCGGUCACACAUGCGUAGCAAUAUCCAACGAUGGGAACACGAUAGCUCUUGCUAUUAAGAACGAAAUCGUUAUCUUCCCGACAUACGCGCCGGCGUUACCCAGCUCCAAGUUGGUAUUCGACAAGGAUCUGCACAAUCUGAACGUACAACUGCAAGGAGGAGCGUGUCCCGAUCAGCUGCAAUGUGCGCUGAUAAACGAAUUUGCGCCACAAAAGAAGGGCGCCAUUCAAGAUGUUCGCGAAGUCCUUCACAUGGCAUUCUACGGAGAGCAAGAUGAAUACCUGAUAGCGCUAGGUAAAAACAGCAUCGCAAUCUACGACCUCAUGGAAGAGGAGAUGAACUGCGUAAUCACCGCAGGACUGCGAAGGGAACUCGAUGAAAAUGCAAGAGUUUCAUUCUACCCGAUGAACCUCGAGAGGCGCACCGUCAAAAUAAUCCAAUUUCCGGAACGGGAACUCUCGUGCCUCGAAUUAAUGAUUAGCGACAAUAAAACAGAGAUCAACUACUAUAGGUUGGUAUUCUGUGAAGAUGAAAAAUGGUGGUAUCACGACUGCGGCGCAACAGUCAACGUGCUCAGUAACAUUGAGCUCAAUGAUGCGCAAACGUUAUUGGAACCCAUCCCAAUCAAGCCAGAAAUAAAACGAGAAGAAUAUAGAGAAGGAAAAGGAGAAGAAGAAGGAAAAUAUGAAGGUGAAGAAAAUGAAGACGAGGAAGACGGCCGUGUUAAAAAUGAAGACGGGGAAGAAGGCGAGGAAGGGGUUAAAGAAGGGGAGGAAGAUGGUAAGAAUAGUGCUGAAGCUGGCGGAAAUUAUGAAAAUAGUGCUGAAAAUGACGAUAAGUAUGCGAAUGUAGGUGUAGAAGGGGAGGGGGGCCGUAGGCAUCAAUACGACGGAGAUGAAGGCGGAGGUGAAGGAGAAGAGGAAGAAGAGGAGGAAGAGGAAGAAGAAGAGGAAGAAGAAGAAGAAGAAGAGAAUGGGCUGUACAUCAAACAGAUGACGCAAAUAACACGGGCAAAAAGGUUUGUCCGAUCGCCGCCACUCGUCUUAACCAGAGAUAACAUCUCGCGCCAAAGCGCCACAGAUGGUUAUUCCGAUGACCUUUUUGCUGAACAAUCAGAUGCUGUCUAUGCGGAGAAUUACAAGCAUUUGUUGGGAAAUAGGGAAGAAAAGGAGUAUUCUGGUGCUUUUGAUAACAAUCCCGAUGGUCGUUAUGUUCAAGGGAACCCAAAUAAUGUCCAUCGGAAUCGAUUCGAUCCGCAAUAUGGACGCGACAGUCAACAAGGUACAGCAGAGCAUGGCAACUAUGUGGAAAGAUUUGAAAACGGGCCCUCCAGCAUUUACAACCAGAUAUCCGUGACCUACAGUGGUUCCAGUGAUAUGGAUAUUCAAAUCGAUGAGUUAGAAAUACGUGGAAAUGCAGACGAUCAAAAACAUCAAUAUGAAGAUGUAGAUGAGGAUGAUUAUGAUGAUGAUAUGGACAUAUCCGACGAUACAGACCGCAACUUUUAUAAUGGCGAAGAGCGCGCUGGAAGCAGUGAUGACCGGGCGCAGACUGAUGAAAACGUGAUGGAUGAAGGUUCCUCAUCCGGAGAUACGUACAAUGAUGAAAACGAAUCAGAUACAAAUAUGAACGACGCAGACGAUACCGGUGAGCACAGUUCGGAAAAUGAAAUGAACGAUGACAUGGCCCCGGUAACACCGAGCAGAGGAAUUAGAAAUCUCGCUGACGUAUCGCAGGGAUGGAGCGCUGUAGGCCAACCAGAUAGCACACUAGAUAGCAAAGUGUCAGUGGGAGAAACGCAGAGUAGCGGAGGCAACGAAACGGGGCUCGGUAAGGGUAAGGUGAUUGCGAAACAAGUUGCACCCGCGCAACAUCCAGCCGAAGAGGCGCCCUUCGCCGACCCGGAAGUUGAAGCAGAGAUGAAGUUCGAACAAAGCCAGGCUCCGGUGCCGCAUACUGAUCCAGGCGAAUCGUUAGUGGUUUUCAGCAUCAUACCGGUAUCAAUGACCAAUGCGCAUGUAAACAGAAAGGUGGCCAGCGAUUACCCCGCCAUGGAUGACGAACAGCUACUGAACGAAGCGUUUGGAGAAACUGGUUCAGCGUUAGAGGGCAGAUUUGUCACCGUAAACUAUGGCAGGGUGUUAUUAAUGAUCGCGGCGCACGAGUUCGGAUACGUUGGGAUCUUCAAAAUAACCGUUAAUUAUAAAACCAGGGCACUUUUGCCAGAGGGCCGGAUGCUCCAGGUUAUUAGCGGCAAUCCCAGCGCUACACUAAUCUGUAGAAUACAACUAAUAUCUCCCAUUGCUAUUGAAAAUAUCGCAUACAGCGAAGGAAACCUUGGAGCCUUCGCUGUGCUUGGAGGGGAUGCGUCUUUGGUUAUGCACUGUAACUUACCGGAAGUUACGUAUAACUUCGGUGACGCAGUAGUCAUAAACGACACUCUAUCCAUCACUGCCAGCAUGGGUAGUGCUAUUAGAGAUCUCAAAACCAUCUUCAGACACCAUGAGACGGCAGUUAACGCUGUGCGGUACAAGGUUGGCGCAUUUGGGUACUGCAGAGGCGAUUGCUUUUUCAUCACAAAUUCGAGUUCAGGGCUCAAAAUAUUUGGCAUGGAAGCAGACGCGAGAGGCAGGUUUUUAAAGGUUGUCAUAAGGUGCUCGAAACACGUUGGCUUUAACGACCUAAUCUGGAUUCCACACUCAAUGAGAGUGGCCCUACUGGGGCGAGACGGGAGGCUGGCUAUAUUGAGCCCGGCACAGUCUACCGAGUGGGCUAGACUGGUUCCCAACUUCAAGAGAAUUGAGAAAAACACGGAAUACGUCGAAAAAGAAUCCGAGUUCGAUAUCAAGCUCCCGACAGACGAGGAUCAAAUAGAUAGGAUCAUCGACUACGACAAAGCACAUCACCGAGACAGGUAUCCAUACUUCCACAAAGUCUCGUACGCUGUGUUCGGGUACAACGGACCUCCAACUGCGGGGAAACCCGCCUUAGGCGGGAAGCCCAUAUUUCAUAACAAAGAUAUCAUUCAUCUGUACCAGGAACGGCUGCAGAUGUGA